GAACAAAUGAGGCUGAUUCCGUUUAAUAUUUUGUUGAGCAAGCGAACAUUAUAACCCUCUUUCUUCACCAAACCCUUCCCUCCGACUUUGCUGAUGGCGGAAGUGGCGGAGACUUCAUCAACCGAUCUGUUGAAGGACGAUAAGCCUGUGAUUGUUAGGGUUAAACGGAAGAGCUAUCAGUCUCCACUCGAAGCUUUCUGGCUUGAAAUCAAUGAAAGACCAGUGAAGCGGCCAUUGUUGGAUUUUGAGAAGCUAUCUAUCAACAAUUCAGCGUCCAAAGCUGAAGAGUUGAAGUCCAAAAAGUUUCUUGUGCAACAUGUGGAUACCGUGAGCGGCCCUGAUGUUGCUGUGGAUAUUCUUCAGUCAUUUGUGGCUAGUAAGCCUAAUUCUGCUGACAUACUUGAUUCUAAAGCAAAACUUGAGGACCAAAGGCGUAGUAACAAGACUGACAAUAAACAGAAGCAGUUGCUGGUCAAAGCUAAAGAAACACAAGAGCUUUUGGCAAAGAAUGCUCGUUUUGAGCAAAUAUGGAAGAGUCGAAAGGGGAAAAGCAACGCUGCAUCUGAUGAUGCAUUGCGUGAUAUGUGCCAGAUCUAUGAUGUUAUGCGUGUGGAUGUUGGGGAGACUAGUGAGGUGCAAGAGGAAGAAGAUGAGGAGGAUCAGAGACUAAUGUACAGUUUUUUGCCUCUAUUACAUGAAUUCAUUCCAAGUGCUGCAGAGGAAUUUGAAUCUGAAAUGGAACAUCAAAUGAUAAGAAAAGUAUCCAAGGAUCAUUAUGUGUACGAUUUGUAUGCUGUCAAGGAUGACGAUACCAGCAUGAUAAUGGAAAAUGCUUCGUGCCCAUUUCCAUUGGUCCAGGUCGAAGACAAUGAUGAUUUCUAUGAUGGCCCAGAUAAUUCAGAUUAUGAAACUGAUGACUCUAACGCUGAAGACAAUCCGUUGAACGAUUAUCCUGAUGAGGAGGAAGAAGAGGAAGAAGAUGAUAGUGAAAGCUCCAAUGAAAAUUCAGAGGAAGUUGAGAGUGAAUCUUCAAGAUCUGAAACCGUAGGACAAGACGAGGGUUUGUCAGAAGACGAGAUGCUGGAAAUCGUUGAUGAAGAUUUCAACGAUGAUGAGGUAUACUGGUAAUUAGUUUACUGUUCCUAAUCGUAUAUGGAAAACAUCCUCGAUCAUAGGUCGAGUAGAUGAUAGAUGGUUGGAUAUUUGGGUAUAUGUAAAAAUUCUUAAGGGUAUAUAAUUCCAUCAUGUGAAUGCCUUUGCGUACAUGUCCUAUCCUACCCCUAGACCUUACUUUUGUGUGGUAUUUACUGGGUUAGUUUGGUCUGGUUAUGUAUACCGAGCUAGCUACUUGGUUGAUUUGGGAUUUUGUUCAAGUGAUGUGCAAUGUGUAUCACCUUUUCUCAGUGGAUUGAAUUGUAUUUCCGUCAA